UUUCUAAAAAAUACAACUUUUUUCAACUUCUCGAAGAAAGCACUCGACUUUCUCUCUCUCUGGCAACGCGAUCGAUUAGCGAUGUCGUCGUUGUUACACACUUUCAAACAGACCUUGAAGCCAUGUAGUACUUUCCCGUCAUCAUCAUCAUCGUCGUCCCAAACCUCAUCGACCCAAGAGUUGGAACCGACGAGAAAACCUCCCAAAUCGUCUCUCUCGCAGCAGCUACUCCGUCUCGACGAUUCAUACUUCUUACCCUCGAAACACGAAUCCAGAAUCUCAAAUACCCAGGUCGAAGAUUCCAAUCUUCUUCCCGAAGAAACCCACAAAAGAAGUAUCAAAUUUGAUGAAGAAGAUGACGAAAUAUCGAUUGAAUUUGGGAGACCCGGUUUAAACCGGGUCGAAUUUGACUACUCCGGUCCGUACGAACCGCUUGUGCUGUCAUCAAUCGGAGAAAUCCCGAUCAUACAGGUACCAGCUUCUAUCAACUGUAGAUUGCUUGAACAUCAACGAGAGGGAGUUAAGUUUCUGUUUAAUCUCUAUAGAAACAACCAUGGUGGCAUUCUUGGCGAUGACAUGGGACUGGGAAAGACUAUUCAGACAAUUGCAUUUCUUGCUGGAGUUUAUGGAAAAGACAGUGACGCUGCUGGUACUGAUACGUCUGUUUCAGACUCUCAAAAGGGUCCUGUACUAAUCAUCUGUCCAUCUUCGGUAAUCCACAACUGGGAGAGCGAGUUUUCUCGCUGGGCCAGCUUCUUCAAGGUCUCUGUCUACCACGGAGCUAACCGAGAUACGAUUCUCGAGAAACUCAACGCCCGUGGCGUCGAGGUACUGGUAACCAGCUUCGACACAUUUAGAAUCCAAGGCCCUGUUUUGUCAGAGAUUAACUGGGAGAUAGUGAUCGCCGAUGAGGCGCACCGUUUGAAGAACGAAAAGUCCAAACUCUACGAGGCGUGUCUCAAGAUCAAGACCAAGAAAAGACUCGGUCUCACGGGGACAGUGAUGCAGAACAAGAUCACCGAGCUCUUCAACCUCUUUGAGUGGGUAGCGCCAGGAUCUCUGGGAACUCGUGAGCAUUUCCGAGAGUACUAUGAUGAACCUCUAAAGCAAGGGCAGAGGGCAACGGCUCCGGAAAGAUUCGUCCACAUUGCAGAGAAGAGGAAACAGCAUCUUGUCAGUGUUCUGAGUAAGUACAUGCUGAGGAGGACGAAGGAGGAGACCAUAGGGCAUUUGAUGAUGGGGAAGGAAGACAACGUAGUCUUCUGUCAGAUGAGCGAGCUGCAGAAACGUGUCUACCAAAGAAUGCUGCAGCUCCCAGAGAUUCAAUGUCUUGUGAAUAAAGACAAACCCUGCGCGUGCGGAAGCCCUCUUAAGCAAUCAGAGUGCUGCAGAAGGAUUGUUCCUGAUGGACCUAUCUGGAGUUACAUCCACAGAGACUCUCCAGACGGUUGUGACUCAUGCCCUUUCUGCUUGGUCCUUCCCUGCCUUGUGAAGCUUCAGCAGGUGAGCAAUCAUCUUGAGCUUGUCAAACCGAACGCUAGAGAUGAACCGGAGAAGCAGAAGAAGGACGCAGACUUUGUGUCUGCAGUGUUUGGAUCAGAUAUUGAUCUAGCGGGAGGAGUUGCCGCGAGCGAGAGCUUCAUGGACCUGAGUGAUGUGAAACACUGUGGUAAAAUGAGAGCUUUGGAGAAGCUGAUGGCUUCUUGGAUCUCAAAGGGGGACAAGAUACUUCUCUUCAGCUUCUCAGUCAGGAUGCUGGACAUACUUGAGAAGUUUCUGAUUAGGAAAGGCUAUAGCUUUGCGAGGCUUGAUGGUUCAACUCCGACUAAUCUGAGACAGUCUCUUGUAGAUGAUUUCAACGCGAGUCCUAGCAAACAGGUCUUUCUGAUAUCAACUAGAGCUGGUGGGCUGGGACUAAACCUUGUGAGUGCCAACCGUGUGGUUAUAUUUGAUCCGAACUGGAACCCUUCUCAUGACUUGCAAGCGCAAGACAGGUCGUUUCGGUAUGGACAGAAACGUCAUGUUGUGGUUUUUCGUUUGUUGGCUGCUGGUUCCCUUGAGGAGCUGGUUUAUACAAGACAAGUGUACAAACAGCAGCUUUCGAACAUUGCAGUUGCAGGGAAGAUGGAGACUAGGUACUUUGAAGGAGUUCAGGACUGUAAAGAGUUUCAAGGGGAGCUGUUUGGGAUUUCAAAUCUUUUCCGUGAUCUCUCUGAUAAGCUAUUCACUAGCGAGAUCGUUGAAUUGCGUAAGGAUAGUAAGAAAGGUGUUUCAGAUGAUGAAGAGGAAAUCUUGUGCUCUUCUAAACAGGAAACACAGGAACCUAUGCUUGGAGACUUGGGCAUUGUGUAUGCACAUCGAAAUGAAGAUAUCAUCAACGGUGGAAGGACAGCAACAUCAACAUCAUCUCAGAGGUUCAAUGGAGAGGGUGACAGCAAUGAGAACUUAGAGUGUGCGGAUCAUAAGAAGAAGAAAAAGAGAAAAGGUGGUAGUGAAGAGGAAGAAGGUAUGUCUUUUUCAAAGAGGGAACGGAAAAGAGAGAAGUACAAGAUGUUAGCUGAGUUUAAAGGUAUGGAGAUAAUGGAGUUUAGUAGAUGGGUAUUGUCAGCUUCUCCAUUUGUUAGAGAGAAGUUACUUCAAGAAUUUUCAGACAGAGUCAAGUAUCAGACUUCCUGAUGUAGAUUUGGCUAAUUAACUGUAUAUAAGAUGCGCACACAUACUUGUUAAAUGCAAUCAUUUUACUA